AUGCAACUACUAUCGCUGCUGGCCGUCGCCGUGACGGUCAGCGCAUCCACUCUGACCCCUCCAGUGCUUCCAUUGAUUGUCCGCAACCCGUAUCUGAGCACUUGGUUGGGCGAUGCCCGCGAUGCGCCUUGGGAACACUGGCCCAUGUUCUGGACCGGAAGCAGUGUAAGCCUUUGCGCCACGGUUCUCGUCCCGCCGUCCAUUGCUGAUAUGACGCCGCAUUAUAGGUUGGCUUCUCGGUCAUGGCCUCUGUCCCAGACUCCAAUACCGUUUACCCCCUUCUCGGGCGACCCCAAGACUCCUUGUCAUCAUCUUCCAACUUUCCCAACCUAUCUCGGCGCUGCCUUUGACGCCUCCACCACGAAUCUGUCCUACGCCAUUCCUCCACCCAAGGGGUCUUCCGCGCCGGUCAAGGUCGUACUUUCUUUUCUGUCUCCCAUCACGCCGACGUCCACCUUCCGCCAGUCAAUACCUGCCGCGUACAUGACUGUCUACGCUGAAGGCUCGUUCGAUAUCAAUAUCUAUACCGACUUGAACGGCGAGUGGGUCAGCGGCAACAGAGACAACAAGAUUGUCUGGGACCUGAGCAAGCCGAAGGCUUCGGAAAAGCAAAGCGCAGUUCUCAAGACCUGGCAGGUCUCUCGCCAAACCGAACAGCUUCUGACUGAAUUUGCCGAUCACGCAGAAUGGGGCACGUUACACUUCACUGGUCCUGCUGAUGUCUACCACCAAGCUGGAACAUCGGGGAUCUUGAGACAUCACUUUGCGACCAAGGGAACUUUGAAGAACGAAGUGGACACCUCGUACCGAAAAAUCAUGGACGAGGAGCCAGUCUUCGCCUUUGCCAAAUCAUUCCACCUCAGUAACAAGACCGGAGCUGGUUUCUCAUCGGCGGACAGCGUGUUGUUCACUUUCGCCCUCGUCCAAGACCCUGUUGUCCAGUUUGCCGCCGCUAGAGGCCUGACGCAGAUGAGGCCUCUGUGGUCAUUCUACUUUGCAACCUCGCCUGAGCUCAUCCAGUACCACUAUGACGAUUUUGCGGCAGCCAGCUUGCUAGCCAGGAACUACUCGAGCCAGCUCGCCAUUGACGCCUUCGCUUCCGGCUCCCAGGAUUACCAGGAUAUUGCCGCACUCUCUGCUCGUCAGGUUCUCGGAGCAACCCAGUUUUCCGGAACCCCUGAUGACCCCAUCCUCUUCCUCAAGGAAAUCUCAUCCAACGGAAACUUCCAGACAGUCGAUGUCAUCUUCCCCGCGUUCCCAUUCUUCCUGUACACGAACCCUCGUUGGCUUGCGUACCUGCUGGAGCCUCUUUUGGAGCACCAACUAAGCGGCCAAUAUCCCAAUGACUACAGCAUGCACGACUUGGGUGCUCACUUCCCCAACGCCACCGGACAUCCUGAUGGCAAGGACGAGUACAUGCCCGUGGAGGAGUGUGGAAACAUGCUCAUCAUGGGAUUGGCACUAGUCAAUGCCUUCAAGUACGACACUCAGCCGGCAUUCUUACAGUCUGUGGAUGGGUAUGCUAGGUCGCUCGAGCCCGUUGAACCGAAGACGACAAACAACCCCCGACCCUUUGGCUUGUCUCCUGAUGCCUACGGUAUGGACCAAUCGUCUGCCGUUAGUGUCAUGAGAGGAUCCAAGGAGGCCGAGAAAUGGGUAGCUAGGUCGUAUGAGCUCUGGACCAAGUGGACGGGAUACCUCGUGCGCGAAUCUCUCAUCCCAGCAAACCAGCUCUGCACCGAUGACUUUGCGGGGUGGCUAGCCAACCAGACUAAUCUGGCCUUGAAGGGUAUCAUUGGCAUCAAGGCCAUGGCUGAGAUCGCCGAUGUACUGGGUAAGGCGGAUGAUUCCAAGUACUACGCAGAUGUUGCCAGCGAGUACAUCGACAAGUGGCAAGGCUUUGGCAUUUCGAGAGACGGCUCCCAUGCCAAGCUGGCAUACACCUGGUACGGCUCGUGGACGACCAUCUACAACCUGUACGCAGACUCGCUUCUCUGCUUCCACCUUCCGGAGAAGGCGAACUCGUAUGGCGGGCGGGUUUCAGGCUGGCUGCAGAAGAUGCUGGGCUUGGAUACGAAGACGACGUUCAUUCCUGACAAGGUCUACAGCAUGCAAAGCAACUGGUACCACGCCGUUCUGCAGCACUACGGUCUACCGCUCGACAGCCGACACCUUUACACAAAGAGCGACUGGCAAUUCUUCGCCGCGGCUGUCACGAGCAAGAAAACUCGGACGGAGGUACUCCAGAGCAUCGCAACUUGGGUCAACGAGACCACGACUGAUCGACCUCUGACAGAUCUCUACGAAACCGAAGGCACUGGUGGAUGGCCCGGCCCGCACUUCAUGGCCAGACCUGUUGUUGGUGGCCAUUUUGCCUUCCUUGCUCUAGAGAGGGCCUGCGGAGGAAAGGCUCUAGAUGGCCUCAGUUUCUUGGACGAGCCAGGGUCAUUUAUAGACGUAGACGUCCGCAGGGCUCUGGAGGUUGAGGCUUUUGAGGGCACGGAGGGUGGGCAGCUGGUGGUGACGGAGGACCUGUAA